AUGGGUAAGCUGACAUUCAUCGGUCUAGGGCUAGGUGAUCCGAAAGACAUCACCCUCAAAGGGCUGGAAGCACUGCGGGAGGCCGACUACGUUUACUUGGAGAGCUACACUAGCAUCUUGGUCGGCCAAAAGCCUGAUGACUUACGAAAAGCGUACGGUAUCGAUGUGCCCUUCAUAGAGGCCGAUCGCCAUCUAGUUGAAGGCGGCUGUGAGGAAAUGCUGCAAAGGGCUACCGAAAACAACGUAUGUUUCUGUGUUGUUGGAGAUGCGUUGUGUGCGACUACGCAUACGGACCUGUUCUUGCGAGCUAGAGCUAGGAACAUCGAGGUGUCGGUAGUUCAUAAUGCCAGUAUUAUGAACGCUAUAGCUUGCUGUGGGCUCCAUCUGUAG